CUCAAUCAGUCUCAGAUUAGCCAGUGUAUGCACAGAGAUUCUUUACAGCUCUACUAGUAACAGGUGUGCUGCUUCCUGCUCGAUUGGUAGGGAACUGACCGCGUCUGUAAGAGCUGCACUCGAGUUCCCACUUCAAUUCACGACGUCGUAUGUCUUGCUGGCCUAGCCUUUCCUGCCAUCGAUCGAAAUGUGACCAAAACGCCCCGAAAGCCAAGAGCAACAGAGCUCUGUGACCUAGAAAGACCAGUAACUGCUACUGAUAUUAUCUGUUGUAUCUCCUCCAUACUGACUCACUUCACGAAAUCCACAGCCAGUGUCAGACGCCAAGCAGUCUCCAUAACUGGCAUAGUUUCCUUCUGAUAUAACUGAUAUAAUUAUUCACUUACAAAAUACAAGUAAUGGAGUCUCCAAAAUUUGAUGUUGAGGCGCAAAUUCAGUCCUCGUCAUCCGGAUCUUCGUGCGAAAAUCGUGAAGCACUGGCAGAUUAUACGGCUGGCCCAGGAGCUUCUUUACACGUCUCAUCACUGAACUAUUUCGUCAAAAGGCAUAAAACUAGUAAGAGUGGAUGUUUGGGCUGCUGCAGCAGCACUAAGAAGAAUGGUUACAGCUUGGUGGAGGGUAUUGAUGAUGCCGACAAACCGAUACUGCGGAAUGUCUCGCUACAUCUGCAACCUGGAGGAAUGCUUGCCAUCCUUGGGAAUUCUGGAAGUGGCAAGACUUCGCUCCUGGACUGCAUUGCACAGCGCACUGUGUGGGGCAGUCGACAAACGGGCACAAUAUACGUCGACCAUCGACCUCUGACGACAGCGCUGUUCCGCGCCCGUGGUGCCUACGUCAUGCAGGAUGACACAUUGCUACCGUUUCUUACUGUUCGUGAGACACUGAGCUAUGUGCUGAGACUAAGACUAGCCUGCUCAGAACAGGACCAUGAAGCAAAGAUUGAUCAGGUCAUCCAGGACCUGGGUCUGAGAGCAGUGCAGAGCAGUGUGGUGGGUGGUACUGACGUGCGCGGAAUAUCCGGUGGAGAGCGACGGCGCGUCAGCAUUGCUGUCCAGCUCCUUGUAGAGCCAGGCCUUCUCCUCCUGGAUGAGCCCACGUCUGGCUUGGACAGUCACACAGCGCAUCACUUAGUCGUCAUGCUGUCACAGCUUGCUGCGUCGAAGCGACACACCGUUGUGCUCACCAUUCACCAACCUCGCUCUGACAUGUUCCAUGUCUUUGACCAGAUCAUGAUCUUGUCCCGGGGUGAUACGACGUACUGCGGUCCAGCAAACCAGCUUGUAGACUAUUUCACGGCUCUAGGCUAUCCAUGCCCUGCCUACACUAACCCUCUGGAUGAAUACGUUGACGUUUGCAGUAUUGACACGCGAAGAACGGGGACUAUGCAGACGUCGAUGGCUACCGUUCAGGAGCUGGCUCAAGCCUUCAAGCAGUCGGACCUUGCACAGAGAAUCACGAAUGCUCUACCCGAACCCGACUCCCUCUCGACGGGUUCUGUUGAGGUGGUGAGAGACAGAUCACCUACGUGGAUAAGCAAAGUCUUCACCAUGGCAAGCCGAAUGAAUAUGAACUUGCUCAGGGCGAGGACUGGAAUGCAGAUGCGAGCGUUCCAGAUGCUCCUGUUCGGUGUGCUGCUGUUCAUUUUCAUUCUGCGACUGAAGAACGACCAGCGUAGCAUCCAAGACCGCAGCGGUGUCUUCUACCAGGUCAUUUCUGCACCCCUGUUCAUUGGCAUGCUGACAGCAGUGGCAUUGUUUCCGACAUUACGCAGCUCGAUGAGUCGUGAGGUUCGUGACGGCCUGUACUACACACCCGUGUUCAUGCUCGGCUAUCUUGUGCACAUACUUCCGUUCACUCUCUUCAGCUCCGUUCUGCUCUCCUCGGCGUUCUACUGGGCUACUGGCUUUGCUAACAGUGCUAUGGCCUUUGUGGGAUUCAGUCUGGUGGUGAUUGCAACACAAUUUGUUGGCGAGGCAAUUGCUCUCAUCAUGCUGGCUUUGUUCCAUGAUGCUAACAUGGCAAACAGUGUGUCCGCUCUGGUCUUUUCCUUCACUGCACUGCUCUGCUCGGGAUUCCUGCGCAAUAUUGACAGUAUGCCCAAAGUGCUGCAAGACUUCACGUACAUGGGAGUGCAGAAGUAUGCCAGCGAGAUACUCGUUGCACACGAAUACCCUGGCCUGACGUUCACGUGUGACGAUGUCAACAGCACCAGUCCCGUGCCGUGUAGAUACUUGUCUGGGGAUGCAUACCUGGCUGCGAACUUUCCCAAUGCUGUCAACGAUCUCCAACGCAACUACUACUGCCUGGUUGGCUACUGUGUUGGACUCUACGCCAUAGCUAUGAUCCUGUUCUCACUUAGAAGCUACGUGAAGCGACGCUGAGUGCUGCGUUUGGGAACGUUUCGAUCCGGACUGAAUGAAUUGACUCUGCCAAUGCGUCAACCAAUUCCUUGAAUCAUCAGAAAGCUGUGCACUGGAAACACGGUCGUAAGUAGUGCAAUGAUUUCUUACCCUGCCGCCUGUCGGUAUUCGAUUGCAAUACUGCUUAUCAACUACAUAUAGGCCCAUAGGCAUGACUACAAGUAGUUUCUACGAGUAACUGGUACUCGAAGGUAGUGUUGCCGUGCUACUAUCGUUGCUGCUGCUGCUGCUGCUGCUGUUGAAAUCUUUUAUUCUCACGAUGGCCUGUGGCCAAUAAGAGAAAGCUGUUGUUGUUGCUGCUGCUGCUGUUGUUGUAACAGUAGGUUUUUGUUUCGUGUACAAGUAGAUAGUGUGUCGGGCAUAGACCAUGCAGAUGUGAGGUCUGAUUUAAAAUACUAUGUCCACUUUCGCAGCCUGCUGUUUAUCUAUAAUUAUUUUCAACCAAAUUUGGUGGCCUGCAGCUAUUUUUCCAAAGCAUCCAACAUAAUAUUUUAGAGCAAGCAUUCGAUUUAACCCUAUCUAUGAUGAUUUAACCCUCCCCAUACGGAUGGACCCUACUGUUCAUGAUGUUGAGAUUAUCACUUGUUUAAUUUGAUUUUUUACCGGACCAGACUUUACCCGACUUCACCUGAAAUGACUGUUUAAAAAAAAUAUCCUACUCCCUGAAUGUAUUGCAACAUGAUGAGGUACAGUGGAACUCA